AUGUCUUUCAUUUUUGCUUUUUUGCUGGUUUUCCUGGCUGGCUGUUCCGCUUGUCGGCAUCACACAUGUCAAUGCUUAGGCAGGAUAUUCAUUUGUCAGGAGAGCAAGGUGAUCCAGAUUCCUCGGGACAUUCCCAAGAACUCCACUGAACUGAGAUUUGUCCUUACCAAGAUGAGAGCCAUUCUGAAAGGAGCUUUCGCAGGACUUGUUAACCUAGAGAAAAUAGAGAUCUCACAGAAUGAUGCAUUGGAGGUCAUAGAAGCAAAUGUGUUUUCCAGCCUUCCCGAACUACAUGAAAUAAGAAUUGAGAAGGCCAACAACCUUGUAUACAUUGAUCAAGAUGCUUUCCAAGACCUUCCAAACCUCAGAUAUUUGUUAAUAUCAAAUACGGGUCUUAGAUUUUUACCUGCUCUCCAUAAGGUCCGGUCUUUCCAGAAAGUUUUGCUAGACAUUCAAGACAAUAUCAAUAUACGUACAAUUGAAAGUAAUUCGUUCAUGGGCCUGAGUUCUGAAAGUGUGAUUAUAUGGCUAAAUAAAAAUGGAAUUCGAGAAAUUAAAAAUCAUGCAUUUAAUGGAACCUACCUGGAUGAGCUAAAUCUUAGUGAUAACCACAACUUAGAAAAAUUACCGAAUGAAGUCUUUCAUGGAGCCAAUGGCCCAGUCGUUUUGGAUAUUUCAAGGACAAAAAUCAGAUUUUUGCCAAGUCAUGGAUUAGAACUCAUUAAGAAGCUAAGAGCAAGAUCUACAUACAAUUUAAAAAAACUUCCUGACUUAAGCAAAUUCAGUUCUUUGAUUGAGGCAAACUUCACCUAUCCUAGCCAUUGCUGUGCAUUUACAAACUGGAAAAGACAAAACACUGAAUUACAUCCAAUAUGUAGUAUAUCUCAGGCGAAGCAAGACCUUGAUGAACAGCAUGGUGAUAAGAGGCACAGACGAUCUGCGACUGAAGAUUUUAUUUCCUACAAUGGCAUAGGGUUUGGUCCAGCAGAGAAAGAAUUUGACUACGGUUUAUGCAAUGAAGUAGUUAAUGUAGCUUGUUCACCUAAACCCGAUGCUUUCAAUCCAUGUGAAGAUAUCAUGGGAUACAACAUUCUCAGAGUCCUGAUAUGGUUUAUCAGCAUCCUGGCUAUCACUGGGAACAUCGUUGUCCUUGUUAUUUUAAUAAGCAGCCAAUACAAACUCACUGUACCUCGGUUUCUGAUGUGCAAUCUGGCAUUUGCAGACCUCUGCAUCGGUAUCUACCUCAUGUUGAUUGCAUCUGUAGAUAUCCAGACCAAAAGCCAGUAUUACAACUAUGCCAUAGAUUGGCAAACUGGGGCAGGAUGUAAUGCCGCAGGAUUUUUUACAGUGUUUGCAAGUGAGCUCUCAGUCUACACCCUGACUGCGAUAACUCUGGAAAGGUGGCACACCAUCACCUAUGCCAUGCAGCUGGACCGCAAGGUUCGACUUCGUCAUGCCGUGGUUAUAAUGAUUUUUGGCUGGAUGUUUGCCUUCACAGUGGCACUUCUCCCUGUCUUUGGAGUCAGCAGCUAUAUGAAGGUCAGCAUCUGUUUGCCCAUGGAUAUAGAAACAUCAUUUUCUCAGACUUAUGUUAUUUUUCUUUUAGUGCUGAAUGUACUUGCAUUUGUGAUCAUAAGUGCCUGCUACAUCUGCAUAUAUUUCACUGUGAGAAACCCUAAUGUCAUCUCUUCAAACAGCGACACCAAGAUUGCCAAACGCAUGGCCAUACUGAUCUUCACAGACUUCCUCUGCAUGGCACCAAUAUCUUUUUUUGCAAUAUCAGCCUCACUAAAGGUUCCUCUCAUCACAGUGUCCAAAUCCAAGAUUCUUUUGGUUUUGUUUUUCCCCAUCAAUUCAUGUGCCAACCCUUUCCUCUAUGCCAUUUUCACAAAGACUUUCCGAAGGGAUUUUUUCAUUCUGCUGAGUAAGUUUGGUUGCUGCGAAAUGCAAGCCCAGAUUUACAGAACAGAGACCUCCUCAUCUGCUCAUAAUUUCCACACAAGAAAUGGCCAUUACAUUUCUGCAUCAAAACACAGUGAUGGUACUAUUUAUUCACUAGCUCCUCUGAAUCACUUGAACUGAAAUGCUUGCCUGAAUUUGUGUCUGAGGCAGUGUGAUAAUGUUUCCACUGUGAAUUUGAAUAUGAUUUGAACAUAGUAUGUAAAACUACUUUUUAUGGGGAAAUGUUUUUAUUUCCACAUUGUGGGUGUCUUUGUUCAAUGAACAGCCAUCAGAAAUGACACAUAAUCGAGAACUGAUGUUCUUGAAGGACAAAGACCAAAACUUCAGUAUGCACUGAAAUGUCCUAGUGGAAUUGUUUCAAGAAACAAGUGAGCUGUACAAACUCAUAUCUCCUGUUAUACUUCAUCCUAGUAAGCAUUUAGAGGCUUACUUAGAAUUAAGUA